GUGACAGCAGACUCUCGAGACAUAAUAAGGGCAUUUGAGAAGCCGUCCUUAUUGUCCUCGACGACAUGGGUUUCUAGCUUAUAAUGCUCGAGGAUUCCGUCUGGCUCUUCGUGGUGUCCUUUUUCGCCCCUACACUCCUUACAUCUUUUCAUCUCUUCGGAGCUCAGCAUGGCUCGGUCCUCUGGAAGGCGCUGGACUGGGGGCUUGAUCACACUGCACCCGGUACCUUACCGACACGGUGAACCCCCGCUCAUCUCACAAGGCCGUUUUCCGCCUACCAGCUCUGAACGCCGACGCUUUUCUAUACCUUUUCGACUUUUUAUGGCUCCUCUGGCGCAUCUCUUCCGUGUAGGCGCAAGUCCUGAACUGGAGCAAGAUAUGAUUCCUCCCGGUGAUCGCAUCCGCGAAUGGACCGAGGCGGAUGAAGCUGAGGCGGGUGCUCAAGAGGGCACGGGUUGUAGCAGCACGUCUUCUCACUCGCCUGCCGACGAGGACACCUCGACGCUCAUGGUCGGCGGCAGCCGUAACCUGCAACAAGAGCGAGCGUCACAGCUCAUUCUGUCCCCUGUUGGUCCUCCGACCACCACCUUCGGUGACGAGUCCCAUUCGCUAGGCACCACACCGCCCUCUGCGCAAGAGCCGUCGCCGCCACGAGCAUCUCACGAUGCCGCCGACGCUACGUCUCAGCCUCCGAACCCGUCCUCCAGAUCGCAGCUUCUCCUUCAGGAUCGGACAACCAUCCAGGCGGAGGAAAUUGAACGCUAUAUGCGCUCUGAACGAAAGGAGGUGGCCCUGCCUCGUCCCAAAAGGCCAAAUCACCUGGAAUCUGCAGACUCUUCAUCAAUCGUCUCACUUAGCAGCGUUACCACGCUGUGUUCCGUGAACCAAGCUCCGGCACCGGACGCCCCGGACCUCACCCUCACUUUGACGGCUACACAUCUUCCCUCCGUGCGCCCUCGCGGCAUACUUCGCAAGCCAGGCGCCGCCCGUCGUGGCGGGAACUUGAGCAUUCGGUUCAUCGACGAACCGCUGAUCAAGGUCAUUAGCCCGGCACCGGACAUCGUUGGGCUUCCUGAUUCUUGGACGAAGCGUGGCUCGAGUCUCAAGGAGGAAUCUGAGGAGUCGUCGUUGCCGGCGUCGACUCCGUCGACACCCAUCUCCUCCGAGUCCUUCUUCAACAAGACGCCUUUCCCUAGGCAUGCGGACCUCCCGCAAGCGUCCCCUGAGAGAGCUCCGUCCACCAUUCCGUUCCCCGACGAUCAUGCAUGGGUUGGUGAAAAGGAAAAGGACUUCCAGACUUCUUCCGCGGGGCUUUCCGCUCCUCCUCCAACGCCGCGUAUCCCUCACACGCCCCUCCCGGACGAAGAACACGAGCCAUUGCCCUCUGAGCUUUCAGCACCUCCUCCAGCGCCUCGCAUCCCCUUUUCACCUCUUCCCGACGAGGCUGAGGUCGAGGACGCCCUCAUCGAACAUGUGGAGCAAUUCACAGCGGAGGUCAAUGCUGUUCUCGGUCGCCAGGUCACCGUCAAUGAGCCCCCUACCGUGAUGGCCGAACUGCGGGCCCUCGUUCAGCUCGUUUAUCCUUCCGGCUACCCCGGACCCGCCGUUCUAUCGAUGCGCGUGGGCACGUCCAGCGCCCUCCAAGCUGGCGAGACGUGGGACAAUGCGCGCCGCACCUUCUUCACGUACUGCGAUUCUCUUCGCCCAUCGCGACAUACUACAUCUCGCCUCGUGAUCGAACGUAUCUUGUUUGAGAUCGAGCAGAGCGUCGUGGGCGUCGAGGCAGGCGUGCUGCAUGCGCACGCAUGGGGUGGCGGUGACCUGGCGGUUCGAUUGGUGAACAUGGCUCGGGUGGAGUGCCCAAGUUGCCGUUACAUCAGUGUCGCUAUCGUGCAGUGAUACUUACAUGCAUGGAACUUGGGGUCGAGGACAUUGCCCUAGUUUAGCUACAUUUACGAUCACCUUUACGCUCUUUUUACGACUUUUAUGAAUCAGAAAAUAAGAACUAUCAUUCUACCUCAGUCC